AUUAUCAAUAAAUUUAUGUUUUUCAUCAUUUCCAAUACCAAAUUUUAUAAAAUUAUUAAUAAAUAGUUAUGUUGAUGAUGAUGAUGAAUCACCAAUUGUAACAUUAAAAAAUGGUGCACGUAUACGUGGUGUUAAUGAAUGGGUGCCGGAUAAAAAACCAAUGUAUUUUUUUCGUACAAUACGUUAUGGGGAAAUACCGGAGAGAUUUGGCCUACCACAACCAGUCAAGCAAUGGAAUGAUAUUUAUGAUGCAACUUAUUUUCGUAAUGGUUGUCCACAAAAUUUACCAUUCAUAUCAACAGAAGAAGAUUGUCUUUUCUUAAAUAUUUUAACACCGGUUAUUUAUUCAACAUCAAGCAAUAAAAAUCAUUUACGGCCAGUUAUAUUUUAUAUUUAUGGUGGUGCAUUACAAUUUGGUAAUAUAAAAUUUAUACUCAGUAAAUUAUAUGAUGGUAGUCAUUAUGUGGAUUUUGGUGAUUUCAUAUUCGUCAGUGUUCAACAUCGUUUAGGUGCAUUUGGUUUUCUUUAUUCGGGUAAUGAACGUGCACCAGGUAAUCAAGGUAUACAUGAUAUGAUUCUUGCCCUAAAAUGGGUUAAAGAGAAUAUUGAACGAUUUGGUGGUGAUCCAAAUGAUAUAACAUUAAUGGGUUUAUCAUCCGGUUCAAUGGCUAUUUCAACAUUAAUAUUAUCACCAUUAGCACGUGGUCUAUUUCAUCGGGCAAUAAUGAAAUCUGGUUGUAUUAGUGAUUAUUAUACUUAUUCACCUGAACGUAUGCUAAAUUUUUCAAAAGAAUUUGCCAAAUUAUGCGAUUGUCCAAUUGAUAAUCCAAAUCAUAUGAUUGAUUGUUUACAAAGUAAAUCAAUAAAUGAAUUAGUUGGUGUACGAUUAGCAAUAAAUUUACGUGAAAUAUUUACUGGAAAUAUAUUCCUGAUGAUGUAUGGUGAUCAUCGAAAACUAUUACCUGAACGACCAAGUAAAAUGUUUGCAAAUGGUAAUAUAAAUCCAGUUGAUUUAAUUGCUGGUUUUACACAUGGUGAACAAGGAAAUUUUGUUGAAAAUUUCCAUCCAGAACUGAAAAAUGGUUCACAAACAAUGAAUAUCAAGGAUGUAAAAAGAAUAUUUGAUAAAAUUUCAUCAAGCGUUCCACGUAUGUAUGAACAUAAUGAUAAAGUUUUUAAUUUUUAUACCAAAAAUAUGAAUGAUAAUCCAUUAAAAUCUGAAGUAAGAUUAGCAAUUGGUCAUGCAUUAUCUGAUUCAAUUUUUACAUGUCCAACAUAUCUGUAUACACAAAAAUAUGCACGUGCAAUAGCCAAAAAUUCAUCAAAUUCUAAAUAUAAAGUUUAUCUAUAUCGUUUUGAUCAUCAUUCACCAUAUAUGAUGAUAAUGUCUUGUCCAUCAUGGAUGGGUCCUUGUCAUGGUGCUGAUCUACCUAUAAUGAUUGGUAUGGCACAUUAUACCCGGUUAUUAUCAUUUGCAUUUUCCGCUACGGAUAGAAAAUUAAGUCAUCAAAUUAUGAAAACAUUUACAAAUUUUAUUGAAACAGGUGAACCGGGUAAUUUUAUUGAUAAUAUUGAAUGGCCAGAAUUUCGUUCCGUACAAAAAACAAGAAAUGGACAGGAGAAAAUUUCCUGGAAACAAAUGGUUAUCGAUAGUAAAUCACGUAUUAUUGUUGAUGCUCAUAUUGAUCAAUGUAGAUUUUGGGAACCAUAUCUUUCCGUUGAUGAUCCUAUCAACUAAAUUUUACACAAUUCAAAUUCACAUAGAAAACAAAACAAAACAUACAUUUGUUUACAAUCCUGAUUAUUUUCCCAAAAACAAUUUUCCGUUGACUGUUA